GGUCUUUUACUGUUGAACUAGUAGUUACAGAACAUCCGUCUAAAUGCAGGUUGAGAUGCUGGAGCUUCUGUGUACUGGUUUUUGGGCCGAUGAGCAAAAUCUCCAUCUUAUUGGAAUUUAAUAGAAGAAAGUUAUGAGUCAUCCAGUCUUUUAUUUCCUUAACACACUCAGUUAUUCGAGCUAAUAGAGUGUAUCACCUGGUUUUGAUGAGAUAUAUGCUGCAGGGAAACACCUUGAGCUUUUUCACAAGAAUGUUCACGAGAUUCACGUUUGAAAUAUUUUAGAGCACUAAUUGAUUUCUGGUUGAUUUGAUGCCGUACACUCGCCUUUUUUAGUGACAUUUGAGAUGAGUGACAUGUAGAGAAAUUAAUCUUCACAGAAUCUCAACUUGUUUAACUUUUUUACAUUCAACGACUUCUGUAAUAAACUGAUGGCGAGAUGUUUUGGGGUUUAAACUAAUCGGAUCAGAACCAGUAUAUUUUGAUCAACAUGAAAAUAAACAACGCAGGAAACAGAAAUUGUACACAAUCAAUUUCAUCAAUGUACCAAAAUAUUUUCAAAAUGCUUUUAUGAUUUACACAAAUGACGACAUGAAGUGGAGUUUGAAUAAGUAGUUUUAAGAAUUACGUUUCUGAUCUGUGAAACGCUCCAAAACACCCGAGAAGAAAUUCACAAACAUCAGCAUAUUUACAUACAUACGCGUGUGCACGUGUGCGUGUGCGUGUGUGUGUGUGAAGGUUAAAUGUGAAGUGUCUCAGAGUAAAAGAUCUGCAAUAAUAAUUUAUGUAGUUGUUACACAUGGAGGUGAUGUACAGCACUGACACUGUGGGGUAUAAAAUCCUCCUCCUCCCGACUCAGCGCCUAUAAAUCACACACACACACACACACACACACACACACACACACACACACACACACACACACACACAGAUUAGGGCUAAGAGAAAAAAGAGCAUCAGUGUGUGAGCGCUCACACAGCAAUGUGUCCACACACACACCGAGCAGGACGAGUGCAGGCGUGUGAAUGCAGUGUGGAGAAGAUGGAGGUGAAUGUGAGCGUGAACAUCACUGAGGGUCUCCAAGAGCUUCGCUUCUCUCUCAGCUCUCAGUUCGUCACCUCUGUUCUGCUCGGAGUUCUCUUCCUGUUUGCCAUCGUGGGGAACACUGUCAUCGCCAGCAUCGCACUGGAACGUUCGCUCCAGAAUGUGGCUAAUUACUUAAUUGGCUCAUUAGCGAUAACGGAUCUCAUGGUGUCAGUUCUGGUUCUGCCCAUGGCUGCUCUCUAUCAGGUCCUGGACACGUGGACUUUGGGUCAGAAGAUCUGUGACCUGUUCAUUGCUCUGGAUGUUUUGUGCUGCACAUCUUCCAUCCUUCACCUUUGUGCAAUUGCACUGGAUCGUUACUGGACCAUCACUGACCCCAUUGACUACGUCAACAAGCGAACCCCCAAACGUGCCGCCGUGCUCAUCAGCCUCACGUGGACUGUUGGGUUCUCCAUCUCCAUUCCUCUCAUGUUGGGAUGGAGGAAAGUAGAGGAUCGCUCCGAGCCCAACGCCUGCUCCAUCAGCCAGGACCCCGUGUACACCGUGUACUCGACCUUCGGGGCGUUUUACCUCCCGCUCAUCUUCAUGCUCGUGCUUUACGGAUGCAUUUUGAGAGCUGCAAGAUUUCACAUCCGGAAAAAUGCUGGGAAACGUUGCAGUGUGUGUGCGAGGAUCCCGGAGUACGAUCAACUCACAGUGAGCUUCAAUGCCCAUGGAGUCGCAGAAUUUAGGAGCAAACUGAUGGAAAUGAGAUCGGAGAACCACAAAUGUCACGUCCUGCCACUGUCUAAUGCUUCGCUGUCUCAGCACGAGCCCAGGAGGAGCACGGGGACCAAAAGAAAGACGCUGCUCGCCAUCAUCAUAGGAACCUUCAUCCUGUGCUGGCUGCGGUUCUUCACCGUGGUGCUCGUGCUGCCGUUCUGUAAGACACGAUGCUCGAUGCCCGACUGGCUCGUAGACGUCAUCAACUGGCUCAGCUACUCCAACUCUCUCCUCAACCCAGUCAUCUACACCUACUUCAACAAAGACUUUCAGAACACAUUCAAAAAAAUGUUAAAAUAUAAAUGCGUCCAGCUGUAAGGCUCCGCCCCCAUCAACUAUCUGCCAUUUUGAACUGAUUAAAGGAAUUGUGGGUAAGCAGAUCUUCAUCAGGCACGGUGAAGGUGUGAAGAAACCAAGCACUUAACUAUUAAAAAUAAAUAAAUGUGUGUGUUUAUAAAUGAACCUAAAUAAAUCCUGUAGCUGCAGAACUGCUCAUUUCUUUUCAGUUAAAUUAAUAUGAAUAGAUUAUAAACAUGGAAACUUGUGUAGCUUGAACACCUUCAGCAUUGUGUACGUUUGUGUACUUUUUCUGUUGAAACUGUGAAGAGACGUGGAGAAGUGAUUUUAUAAACAUGUUAUAAGGUGAAUAAAUAGAACAAUCUGCUUCUCGUCUCAUUUCCUCACGGCUUCUUAAAUGAUAUUUAAUAAAAAUGACAUUUAUUUCACAGACAAACUGUGACAAUGUAAAAGUGCCAGUCUGAGGAUCAUGUGAUCAAAACAUCACAAAAUUGUCUACAUUCGGUAUGAUAUCAUACCUGCAUUAAACUGUUAGUGUGUUCCAUGUGUGUUUGAACUGAAAUCGAAAUAUUCUAAUUUCGGAAAAACUUCACAAUAAAUGUCUUUUACGUCCUGCUGAUUGGCUGAUUUCCAAUUGUGAAUAAAGCUCUCAG